AUGUCUGACGUCGAGGAGGACCUACUGGUAAAGAAGUUGAAGAUCGUGCUGGUCGGUGAUUCUGGAUCCGGCAAAACGAGCAUCGCUCAGAAAUUUUGCAAUAACGAGUUCACGAGACAGUACACGCCAACGUCUGGAAUCGACUUCUUCCUGAAGAACGUCAGCGUUGGUUUUUAUAAAAACGUUAAUCUACAUUUAUGGGAUGUCGGUGGUCUUGCGUUACACGGAAACAUGCUGGACAAAUACGUCUUCGGUGCUCAUAUAAUCCUUUUAGUCUACGACGUCACCAAUAGCUUCAGUUUCGAAGUUCUAGAAGAAUGGAUAGAUAAAAUCAGAAAAUUGAGCGACAACUACGAGGAAACACCGCUGAUGGCCGUAGUUGGUAACAAAUGCGACAUGGAACAUCAGAGGACGGUGAAGAAGGAUCGAACACACAAAUUCGCCGCAGACAAUGGAUUUCCGUCUCACGAUGUUUCCGCUAGAACCGGUGAAGCGGUUUCUUUGUGUAUAGUGACCUUAGCCGCGCAAAUUUUGGGUGUUCGAUUAACGAAAACAGACCAGGACUAUCACAAGCCCAUAAUAAUUGCAGAAAUAGGCGACACAGUGGACAUGAGCACCAUUCACAAGGUCGUGAAAAGGAUCCCCACGAAAAAGCAAAGUCAAAUACCAUUUCAUCCCCAUUUACCUGGUUCAAAGUCGUCAGUUUGCCUGCUACAGUGA